AUGUGGUCACGUAGGAUAUGGUCAGAAGUGCAUGAUCAGGUGCCCCGGGACGGCUUCUUGCGUGCAUGUCAGAAACAUUGUCGUGCGACUCGCGAGGCCAUCAAGAGAAACGGUGGUUGGACGGACCCGGAGGUGCAGGAGCUGCGCUCCUUUUUCAAGCGCUAUGAUCUGGAUGGCUCAGGGCGAGUCACAAAAAACGAGUUAAUUCAACUCGUUGAGGAUGUGGUGCCAGAGCUCGCCAAAGAAAGGUCUAAGCGGCCACAGCUCCUGGCUCUGCUGCGAGAGGCGGACCAGGAAGCCACCGGCAGCUUGGAUUUCGCCGCCUUCUUGAAGCUCCUAGGCCUCUUCAGCGCCUUCAAGGACAAAGAGCGGCUGAGGAAGGAGCAGCAGGCCAUCCAGGAGACGGGCUUCACCAACCAGGAGGUAGCUGAGUCUCGGGAACUCUUCCUGAAUUCCCUUGGCGACUCGCAAGACCUGGGCUUUGAUGAGUUCCGGGCCAUGAUUCAUGGGAUCACGCCCUUGAACGACACCCGCACGAAGCAGCUGGAGGAGAUCUUCGCCGAGGUCUGCAAGCAGCCAGAGGCAGACUUCCCCAACUUCCUGGUGUUGCUGAGGAAGCUGCUGGACCUCGACUUUGCAUCGAUCAAGGACAAAACCAGUGGACCUCUGCAAAAGUGA